UGUGUGACAUCGUAUCUAACGGUCCGCAACCAGGCAGCUGUCCUCAGCCAGCGAGCCAUAUUCGAUCCAACGACAUCCGAUUUUCUCUCAUUAUCACUGCAAAAUCACAUCGUCGAAAUGCCUGCCUCGUCAAAGACCAAUGGCCAGCCGAACCGAGCUAUCGUGCUGAAGCUGCCUUCCGCCCUGCUCCGUGCCUUUCCUAGCGACAGUCCACCCGUCGACAACAAGGACAAGAUCCAGGAUGCCUCGUCGCCGCCCUCUUCCACCUCAGGAGAACCAGCACCCCCCGCGUCGUCUAUAGACAAUGCCUCCGACGCGCCCUCCACACCUGCGAAUGCAGAUGGGAAACGGCAAAAAGGCGCGCCUGGUUCGAGAGGUACAAAGAGGGGACUUGCUCAGAAUGGGGAUUCAGCAUCCAAGGCUGCCCGCAAACCAGGUCCCAAGAAACGGAAACUUGACGACGGAGCUAUCGAUUCCUCUAGACUCAUUCCAGCACACAAACUCGGCCCCAAGGCCAACCAAGGUGCCAUCAACGCUGGCCUCCGUGCUCUUGACCGCACUGGCGCGCCGUGCCGUAAGUGGGAGCGUAAGCAGUUCCAGCUCAAGAGUUUUACUGGCAUUGCCUGGGAUUUGUCGAGCUGGCGCACGCCGAAGCCGGAGAAGUCACCGGAAACAAACGGUGAGGCGAAUGGGGUGGCUAUUAAUGGGGAUAGUGACAGUAAGGCCAAUCAAAUGAGCAGCGCUGUGCCGAGCGAGAAGAGUAAUUUGGGUGAAAGCGAUAUCACGCCCUUGCCCGCAGCACAAUCUCCCGCGCCAGCUAUUGCGAUGACAGCCUAAUAUUCAAACAGA